AUGUUGAUGGUAAACAGGAUCCACUUGGAGCUAAGAAACAAGAAACCGUCUGAAGUCCGAGAACUUCUCCUCGACAACUGCCGAACGGCCGACGGAAACACUGAAGGCCUCACAGAUGAAUUUGUCAAUCUGGUUUCGCUCAGUUUGAUAGAUGUCGGUUUAUCGUCAAUCUCCAACAUACCCAGACUAGAAAAACUCAAAAAGCUGGAGUUGAGCGACAACAAGAUCAGUGGCGGCCUGGAGGUCUUAGCGCAGAAACUACCCAACCUCACGCAUCUAAAUCUGACCGGCAACAAAUUGAAGGAGAUCAGUUCCUUGGAACCGUUGAAAAAGCUGAAACACCUGAAAAGUCUGGACCUGUUCAAAUGCGAAGUGACCUCCAUGAGCGACUACAAGGCUAGCGUCUUCAAACUGCUGCCGCAGCUCACUUACCUGGACGGCUUCGACAAGAACGAGGAGGCGUCCGAUUCCGACGUGGAGGUGGACGGCGACGUCGUGGAUGACGACGAUGACGAAGAGGGCGAGGAUGAGGAAGACGAGGACGGAGAGGACGACGACCUCGACGAGGAAGACGACGACGAAGAAGAUGAGGAAGAGGUCGAGGGAGAAGAGGACGAUGAGGAAGUUAGCGGUGAAGACGAGGAGGAAGACUAUGGACUGGACGGGGAAGUAGAUGAUGAAGAGGAAGACGAGGAGGAAGACGAUGAAGAUACGGGGACCGGUAAAGGCGAGAAGAGAAAGCGAGAAGCGGACGACGAAGACGAGGACGAGGAUGACGAAGAGGACGACUAG